GGAACAACUCAUGCACCGUAUGCAAUCAUACCACUACUCCUAUAUAUACCCAUUGACUAGUCCAAGUAAAUAUCAAGCUCGCAUUGUCUAACGCACACUCCCUACAAUCCACCCAUUCCAAACCCAGCAACAUCGCUCCUCCGCAUCCAACGCGCCACGAUGCCAUCUCCAGCAUCCCCAUCGCCCGUCCAUGCCCCGCAGCAUGUCCAGGAUCUCCUCACUAAGCUACACAAGCAAUCCACGGACCAAGAGCUUGCAAUCUCCCAAACCAACAAGGUCAUCUCGUCAACAGUCAUCGGCGACCUCGAGGACAAGUCCUCCAACCGCAAUGCGAAAGCAGAAUUCGACAACAUGAUGCGCGACAAGUUCAUCGCGCUCGACGAAGACAAGUGCCAAUUCGUCUAUCAGUUGAUUACCGCUAUGGGCGCGACGAAUGUCGUCGAGGCUGGGACCAGUUUCGGCGUCUCCACCAUCUACCUGGCGCUUGCUGUUGCGCAGAAUAAGGCGCACACGGGCAAGUCUGGGGUGGUCAUUGCCACUGAGAAUGAGAGCGAGAAGGCGAAGGUCGCUAGAGGGUAUUGGGCGGAGUGUGGAAAGGAUGUGGAAAGCCAGAUUGAGCUGCGGGAGGGGAACAUUCUCGAGACGCUGAAGGGGAACAUGCCGCAGGUGGAUCUGCUUCUUUUGGAUAUCUGGACUGCCAUUGCUCUUCCCACGCUCAAGACGGUUCUACCGCAUCUUCGAGCUGGCGCUGUCGUUCUCACCGAUAACACUGUCUCCGCGGCGGCGGGAUAUGCAGAUCUGCUGGCUUAUAUGAGGGAUCCGGAUAAUGGCUUCCGCAAUAUGACCCUCCCUUUUUCAAAUGGCUUUGAGAUGAGCGUGUAUUUGCCUAGUUUGGCUUCGGAGAAGCACUUCCAAGAUAUUUGACUUUCGAACAUAGGGUUGGUACACCCUUACAUUGUCUGGUUUCUGGCAACGGCUUGUCGAAUGAAUAUAGUCCAAACAGACUGAUGAUUAUAUUCUACAGUUGCUUGACUGUGUUGUUUCUUAUGGCUUGGACCAAUAUUUGGAAUAUAUAGCAGGCGAAAAAAGAAAUCCUUCGAUGAUCUUUAGGCCAUAGACUGUGAUAUAUCCUUACCAGGCAGGAGUACAAUAGAAGGCCAUCCGUCAGCAAAAUGGCAAGUCAACAUGUAAAAGAGAAAGGGCUCCAGCAUAAUAAUAGUGAGUAUAUUAAGC